AUGCAGCUCUGGAAGGUAUUAUACGCCGCUUUGGCGCUGAGUCUGCCUCUCGUGGUAGAAUGCGCCCCAUCCAGUCACCACCAUCACCAUCAUUCAUCGAGACAUCGCUACAGUAUCGAAGGCACCAAAGCCGCCAUGGACGCAGCGCUGCAGAACCGUCAUCCGCGUCUGGAUAUCCGCAGUAUCAAGGCGAUACAAAGCUCGAAUGAGCCUGUGACUGCAGACACCAGAGUGCGAGCAGAUGUCGUGGGCUCCGACAAGGACGUGGAGGCUUUUGCCGCUUCGGGGGAACUGCAUUCGACCACCGAAAUUCAUCAUGGCAAGUAUAUCCACGGUAAAAUCUCCACCACUUCGGCGCCUAUGAAGGUUCACAAACAUAAAAAGUACAAUGAAGAGGCGGUAGUGACGAAGGACAGAGGUGAGGUGGCUGCAUGUGUGAGACGCACAGAGGGAUAUUUGGACGAGUUGACGCGGAACGGAGCGAACGACAGCGCUGUGUACUCGGAAAGUCCGUUCUUCGAGUGUUUCCGCCCGUCGCACGAGGUCUUUGACUUCUUGGACACACUGACGGAGCAGAAUCCGCAGUUUAUCACUAAGUACGAGAACGUUUCGGUCACAUAUGAGGGUCGAGCGAUCCCGGCUUUCAAGAUUUCGACCUCGGAAGAUGCUUCCAAGAGAACUUUAUACACGCAAGCUUUGAUCCAUGCGCGUGAGUGGCAAGCGGGCGCUGCUACGUUCUACACGAUGGCGUCGAUGAUCGAUGAUCUACGAGCUGGCAACCAGGCUGCGACCAGUCUUUUUGAAAAACUCGACUGGUAUUUCGUGCCUAUUGUGAAUAUUGACGGAUACCAGUACACGUGGGAGGCUGAUCGAAUGUGGCGCACGAAUCGCCGCUUGACCGAGUUAAACGGCGAAACUGUGGGCGUGGAUCUGAACCGCAACUGGCCACCUGAAGAGUAUUUCAACCUUGAUCCGAGCGAGGUGGACAGCGAGACGUAUCCUGGUGAAUACCCACUUAGUGAGCCAUCUACAGCGGGUUUGUUCGACUUUAUCACGAGUUUGGACUCGCUGAGUGGCAUUUUGGACAUGCACACGUUCGGUGGCCAAGUGUUACGUCCAUUCAGUAACCAGCCAGGCAGUGGGGCUGAGCCUUUUGGCUCGAGAAUGGGAGCGUUGGGAGAUAGUGUACGCAGGGCGCUAUCCACUCAACCUGCUGUGCAGUAUCAGAGCGAGACGGGGGCCUAUCUGUACAAAGCUUACGGAUGCUUUGAUGACGGGAUGUUCCUCCAGUAUAACCUCACAGUGCCGGCCUUGACUAUUGAAGUUGAAGGAAGCGACUUUGUGUCGCCGCAGAGCACUAUUCGACCUGUGGGCAAGAACAUUUAUUUGGGUCUGCGUCAGUUUGCUCAUGAAGCUUUAGAGUACAGCAAGUUUGUUGAACAGGCGUAA